AUUCACAUACAAACUGUGGAGAGAGGAAGUAGAUAGUCAUUAGCAUUGACCCUGUUGCACACAUAGACACACACAGAUACAAACAGAGACUUGACAUCCAGGCUCAGAUAUAGACCUCAGUGUUUGCUCUUGUAUUUCUCCUCCUUUAUCUGUGUGUGUAUGGGCGUGUGUUUGUGUGUGUAUUUGUGUCUGUUAGUGUGUCUUUAUGACAGCCUUGGUAACUCAUUCACACUCACACACUCAUCAGCACUCUCUCACAGAAGUCUGGGAUUAUUGCCGUCCUGAAAAUGGAGUCAGAUGUGAAAGCCAUCAGGGCUCGCUUCCAGGCCGCUCAGACCGCCAGCCCCCAGACAGACAGCACAGGGUCUCCCUCUCAUCCCGGACGCCUCAAGACGCCCUUACAUCCCACCCUGUCCUCCUCCUCCACCUCCUCCCCCACUCCCCCCUUCUUGCUGCCCAAGAAGCCUAGCUUUGAUGGCUCCUCCUUUCCUUCAAAACCCGCUUUCCCUAAACCCUCGUCCACCUCCUCCUGCAAAGGUGCUCCACGUGGAGGCCAAGAGACGGCCAAGGCUCUAGCCGGCCGCUUCUCCGUGCCCCAGGAGGAACACAGCGGCAGCGGCAGCAGCGGCAAGCCCUUUCCACGCGGCCACCCCGAGCCCACGCUCCCCAAACCCAAACUCCCCGUCCUGAAGCCCCCCGUCAGUGCCCCCCUCACUGAGUCCCGACCUGCCUUCCACAAGCCGCCCCCUGUGAUGCCCACGACCGUCAAGCCCUCCUGGGCGAGAGAUGGCGGCGGCGGCGGCGGCGGCGCUGGUGGUACAGCCUCCAAUCACGGCGGCCUGAUGUCCAAGGCGCCCCCGGCGCAGCAGAAACCGAGCAGCGCCGUCACGAAGACAUGGCUGCACGGCGAGGACGCCAAAGCGGAGUCCGACAACAAACACAUCAACGCCUCCAUCAACGCCUCGGCCUCCCGGCUGCCCAUGGGCUUCACCAUCGCCCCCAUCAGCGCUUCCGGGGCGAUGGCGAUGGAGAAGACGAAGCCGAACCCGCCGAACCCGCCGAAGGCGGCGGACGCCUGGAAUUCCACCCCUCCUCCGAAGCCUCUGGUCAAUAAGAAGCCUGGUAGUUUCAUCAGGAGGAACUUGGACUCCCGUCCGGCUCCUCAGCAAAAGGGGGGGGAUCCGGACGGGGCGCCCAGGAGGAACCCCCUGCCCAACCCCCUGCUGCUCGGCCCGCCGCCCGCCAAACCCAGCCGCCCGCCCCGGGUCAACCUGGACCGCUUCAGGGGACAGGCCAAAGGCCCUGAUCAGGGACCAGUCAUUGUCCCGCCUCCACCAGCUUCUCACCCCAGUAACCAAAGCAACGGUGGUGGGACCCCGCCCUUAUCUGCUCAGCCCAUGGCUCCAAGUCUGCCACCCCGACACCCGGGGAUUAGUGAACCGGAUCCAGAGGAAUACGAUGAUGUGGGCUUGAUUAAAACUGCUCCACCCCCACCACCCUCAACCGAAGGUCGACCACGGCUCGUGUCCAAGCCACAAGAUGACGAGAGCGAUGGUGAGACGUAUGAAGAACUAGAUGAACGAUGGGAAGCAGCAGAGCAAGAAUCGAAAGAAAAGCAGAAGGAGGAGAAAAAGCGUCUGGAAGCUGAAAAGAAAGAGCAGAAAGAGAGAGAGAAGAAGGAGAACGAGGCCCGCAAAAAGUUUAAACUGGUGGGCCCCCUUGAGAAGAUGCACCAGGUCAAGGUGUUGGUGGAAUGCAAGGGCAGUAAGACGGACCUGGCCCUGAAGAAGGGGGACUGUGUGGACAUCAUUCGUGUCCAGGACAACCCGGAGGGGAAGUGGCUGGGUCGGCUGGCAAACGGCUCCAUCGGCUAUCUGAAGAACGACUGUGUGGAGGUGGACCUGCAGAGCUGGAAGCAGCAGCAGCAGGGCCCCCAGUCCCCCCAGGAGAUUGAUGAUCAGGAGGUUUACGACGAUGUGGACGUCUCCAACAACCACCCCGACAGUGGGAUCAGAGGAUCAAGAGUCAUUUUACCGCCGCCACCAGACGACACUGAGGAGAUAUAUGACGAUGCUAUCGAUGCCAGUCUGGAUGUCAGCGUUUUGGAAGCUCCAAAGUCUUCUCCAAAGACUCUACUUCUACGGAUGUUUGAGAAGAAGAAACCUGCUGCCGGCGCAAAUGAAGUGCCUGCGCCCAGCCAGUUCACUGCGAAAGGACAACCAGGAGCAUUGAUCGAUGAUGAAAUCUACGACGAUAUUGACUCACAGGUGGUUCCUCCUCCCCUCCCGGUCAGCAGUCAUCCACCAACAAAAACUAAGAUGGAGGAAAUCGAUCCAAAGCGACAGAAAAAGUUGGAAAAAGAGGAAAAGGAAUUCAGAAAAAAGUUUAAAUAUGAAGGGGAGAUUCAGGUUCUUUACCAGGUGACCAUCAUACCUACAUUAACGCUGAAGAAGCUUAGUGGGAAAGAUCUGCCGGUGAAACCCGGGGAGACGCUUGAUGUCAUCGUGAAAGCCGUGGAUAAUAAACUUGUUUGCCGCAACGAAGAGGGAAAAUUUGGCACCGUUUUAACCAGCCAUAUUGUCACAGACGAUGGGGACAUAUAUGACGACAUUGGAGACGAAUGCAUCUAUGACAACGACUGAAGGAAGACAAUAAACUGGGAUUUAUUUUCGACAGGCUUUGUUGAAUUAUUACCUUUUGGUAUAACUUGUUUCAUGUUGUUUGAUUAUUUAUUACGUGCAAAGAUAUUACAACCAAUCACAAGAGCAGCAGUCUAAGGCCCCACACACACAAUGUUUUUCGUGUUUGGAUUCGUGUGGCCGCCAGAUACGCAAACGAUGGCGUCAUCGCCCCCCCACCACGAAGGAAACUUUGGAGGUCCGUCAAAUUUGUUUUGUUUGAUUUGAUUUGUUUGAUUUUUGUAGCUUUAAAUACAGCCCCUUGCUAAAUUGUAUUACUAACUCUACAUUAAAAAGUAUUCUCUGCAAAAUCUAAAAGGUUUAAAAACUGCUUUCCCCGCCUCGUCUUCUUCUUUUAAUGGUGGAGAAUCAGCGCCACACAGUGGCCCUGAAUAUAUACCACAGCGUUUCUACAGCUAGAUGCGAUUUCGCAAUGAGUGUCUUUACAGAGAUAUUCCUGAAACGCAUCAAAGGAAAACGGAGGGGAAAAGAUUGUUGUCGCCAGUGUGGACGGGGCCUUAGUUAGAGCCGACACUUGUACAGUCUCACACUGUGAGACUGUAUAAGUCUGACACUUGGUAUAUCUGGGGAAGGAGAUAUUGUGUUCAGUAAGCUACAAAUGCACAGACAAACACAUUUUCUACUGUAAAGUAAAUAUUUAUCGCUGAAUAUUAUUUGCUGAAUACACCACCUGAAAAGUAACUAACGAAAGUGGGGUUGUUGUCACCCUUUUGAAAUGUCACAACAUUAUUGUGAAUUUGGUUGAUUUCAAUCAGUUAACUUCCUGUUUGAAAUAAAAAAAAUUAAAGCUA